AGUGGUCCUCCUCUCUCUUUCUCCCUCUCUCUCUCUCUUUCCUUCUCCUUCUAGUGGGCGGGGCCUGCUAUGCAAAUGAGGCCCAGAAGUGGGGCGGACGCUGCCCGGGACACCAGCUCCUGCUUGAGCCCCUUUUGCUAAAAAAAGCCCCCCACCCAAGAAAGGCAAGGCUGGGUCCUUGCUUCCCUUUCUUUCUCUCUUUGCAGAGAUUCCCUUUCUCUCUCUCUCUCCCUCUCUCUCUCUCUCUUGGAAGGACUCAGGGCUUUCAGGGUCGGGGGUCUGCUUCUCUUCCCUCCCCACUCUUGUCCCUACAAGGAGAGGACCCCCCUUCACCCCACCCCACCCCGACCCCUGAAAGAUGCAAGUUUCCAUCGCUUGCACGGAGCAGAACCUGCGGAGCCGCAGCAGCGAUGACCGGCUUUGCGGCGGAGGAGGCGGCGGGGGCGGCGGGGGAGGGGGCUCCCGGGCCCAGGGGGGAGGGCAAGGCAACGGCGGGUACCAGCCCCCCGGGGGGAAGGGGCCCCGCUUGGCCCUGGGCAGCCGGGCGCCCAACCAGCACCUGCCCCACAUCGCCUUCCUCCUCCGAGAGUCCACCGGAAGGGCCACCGGCAUGAACUACAGGAACCUGGGCAAAUCGGGACUUCGUGUUUCCUGUCUUGGGCUUGGCACAUGGGUGACCUUCGGAUCCCAGAUUUCAGACGAGAUGGCGGAGAAUGUGCUCACCAUUGCUUAUGAAAAUGGGGUCAACCUCUUUGACACGGCUGAGGUUUACGCUUCUGGCAAACUGUCUAUAGAGAGAAACAAGGGAACGAGGUGUGUCUGCAAAUCCCUGUGCUCACCUUUCCUUUUCUCCUCCGCAGAGAUCGUCCGCGCCAUGACUUACGUGAUCAAUCAAGGGAUGGCUAUGUAUUGGGGAACCUCUCGGUGGAGCGCAAUGGAGAUCAUGGAGGCCUAUUCGGUAGCGCGGCAAUUCAACCUCAUCCCCCCUGUCUGCGAACAAGCGGAGUAUCACAUGUUCCAGCGGGAGAAAGUGGAGACGCAGCUGCCGGAUCUGUACCACAAAAUCGGAGUGGGAGCCAUAACCUGGUCUCCUUUGGCCUGCGGACUGAUUACCGGGAAAUACGAGGACAGAGUCCCCGAAAACUGCCGCGCUGCCAUGAAAGGAUACCAAUGGCUGAAGGAGAAGCUGCAGAGCGAAGACGGGAAGAAGCAGCAGGCCAAAGUGAAGGAGCUGCACCCCAUCGCAGAGCGCCUGGGUUGCACAGUGGCACAACUGGCUAUCGCCUGGUGCCUCCGCUCCGAAGGGGUCAGCUCCGUCCUGCUUGGGGUCUCCAGCGCUGACCAGCUCAUUGAGAACUUGGGCUCGAUUCAGGUCCUGUCCCAACUGACGCCGCAAGUCAUCCAGGAGAUUGACGCGCUCCUGGGCAACAAGCCCAAUGCCAAAAAGGAGUCCCGGGCGUAGGGACACGUUGGCGCCCGGGGCUGUGCACGCUCUUGUCCCGACAGACUGCAGAUCCCAUCGCUCUGCCGUGUGGGGGGGGAGGCUGCCGUGAGCCCCCACCCCUGGCCCGCACUCCGCCCGCUCCCUGCCAGCCGCUGCCUCUUAGAUCCGUGGGGCUGGGCGCCUCGGAGCCGCUUUUGCGCAUGAACCAAAUAUCCGUAUACUUCCAACACUGGAUGGCGUGGGGCGUUUGGGGCCCCUUCUGCCCCACAGCAGCUGCUUAGAUUAUACAGUACAACUAUAUGGCAUGAGCAACACUCCGCUAUGGGAUCGGCGGGUGAGAGGCACCGCCACCCGCUAUAAGGCUGGGAUCUUAUGGCCGCUUUUGCCUCUCUGUUUUUCCCCAUAUCAAUAGGUCUGAUUUUGGGGUGGGGGGUAAUUUUCUUUUCAAAGUGGGGACAGGCACGCUGUAAUAAGGGGUGCGUCUACACCAGGCAUGGGCCAACUUGGGGCCCCCAGCUGUUUUGGACAGUAGAAAGGCAUUGCCUAUACCUCCAAUGUGAAGAAAUACAGUUCUAAUGGACAUGUGUUCACAGCACAGUUCACUAAAAGGGCCCCCCAACUGUUUUGGACAGUAGAAAGGCAUUGCCUAUACCUCCAAUGUGAAGAAAUACAGUUCUAAUG